CAUUGGUUUGCGGGACGGGUACGCUGCAGCUGUGGGGAGCAGGAGCAAUGGGGAGGGGGCGGGAAUUCCCGACUCCAGGCCGGAACUUAGCGGAUGACGAGUAUAGAGACCCUCGCGAGGUCUAAGAGUCAUCGGAGCAACCACAGCCACCAUGGGGCCCUGGGGAGAGCCAGAGCUCCUGGUGUGGCGCCCUGAGGCGGUAGCCUCGGAGCCUGCGGUGCCCAUGGGACUGGAGGUGAAGUUGGGGGCCCUAGUGCUGCUGCUGGCACUCACGCUCAUCUGUAGUCUGGUGCCCAUCUGUGUGCUGCGCCGGCCUGGAGCUAGCCCCGAGGCCUCAGCCUCCCGCCAAAAAGCCCUGAGCCUAGUAAGCUGCUUUGCGGGGGGUGUCUUUCUGGCCACCUGUCUCCUGGACCUGCUGCCUGACUACCUGGCUGCCAUAGAUGAGGCCUUGGCGGCCCUGCACGUGACGCUCCAGUUCCCCCUACAAGAGUUCAUCCUGGCCAUGGGCUUCUUCCUGGUCCUGGUGAUGGAACAGAUCACGCUGGCUUACAAGGAGCAGUCAGGGCCACCACCUCGAGAGGAGACAAGGGCUCUGCUGGGAACGGCGAAUGGUGGGCCUCAACACUGGCAUGAUGGGCCAGGGGUCCCACAGGCAGGUGGCAUCCCAGCAGCCCCCUCAGCCCUGCGUGCCUGUGUACUGGUCUUCUCCCUGGCUCUGCACUCAGUGUUUGAGGGGCUGGCAGUGGGGCUUCAGCGAGACCGGGCUCGGGCGAUGGAGCUGUGCCUGGCUUUGCUGCUCCACAAGGGUAUCCUGGCAGUCAGCUUGUCUCUGCGGCUGCUGCAGAGCCACUUGCGAGUGCAGGUGGUGGCUGGCUGUGGAAUCCUCUUCUCGUGCAUGACACCUCUGGGCAUUGGGCUGGGUGCGGCUCUGGCAGAGUCAGCUGGGCCACUGCACCAGCUGGCCCAGUCUGUGCUGGAGGGCAUGGCAGCCGGCACAUUUCUGUAUAUCACCUUCCUGGAAAUCCUUCCCCAGGAGCUGGCCGCUUCUGAGCAGAGGAUCCUCAAGGUCAUUCUGCUCCUAGCCGGCUUUGCCCUGCUCACUGGCCUGCUCUUCAUCCAAGUCUAGGGGGCCCCAAGAGGGCCCCUGGAAGUUGGGUAUCAGGUGCUCUUUGACCUUCCUCCCCUCCCACAGUGUGUGAGGCAUAGGAAGCAGUGGGGAAGGGAGGUAAUGAGGACCAAAGAGCUCUCUGGGAGGUUGGGAUGGAGCCUUUGGGACUAUUUGACCAAUGAGAGGGAAGUGGGCAGAAAAGAGCCUGGCUCCUAGGCCCAAGGGACAAGGGAUGGUCAAGUCACUAGAGACAUGAUCAAGGGUCAUUAGUAUUGGAGAAGACACUGAGUGCUAGAAUUGGGAUCAGACACUAGACAUAGGGACAAGCUGACACUAGGGAUGCUGGAGGUGGGCACCCAGCUGCUGUGCGAUGAAGGUACAUAGAAGGCAUAGGCCCAGAGUCUGCAGUCCUAUUGGUUCUAGCCAUUUCAGCCCUCUGAAAUAGACCCCUCCUACUUUUUUACCUCCUAUUGUCAUUUAUCUCUUUUCCUCUCCCAGGGGACUAGUGCCAAAUGACCUCUUCCUGCCACUUUUAAUACCUUCUAUGAGUUCUCUAGUCUGGCUUACUCCUCUAUGUUUAAAGUGCCAAAUAAAUCCCCUCCCUUUUUCUUAAAGCACAGUGAUGGCCCUGAGCCCUGCCCAACACCUCGUGGAGGGGGCCUGCUUACUCUUUAUUUUUGGUCCCAGAUCCUGGGGUGGGGCAUAAAUGUUUGGGGUCUGGGUGGGGGGAGGGUUGGCAGAGCUUACAGCCCUCUACCACUACUGCACUCUAGGAAUACUGAACAUGGACAUGGUGCCUAUGCCCAGAUGAUAAAACACUGAGCUGCCAAACCUUUUUUAUAUACCAGAGGAGCCCGGGGUCGGGAGGGGAAGGCUCACCCCAGGGUUAUUUUUGGGGACGGAGGACUGUGCAUAGGACCAUAUUCUCUAGAAUCUAUUUUACUAACUGACUUGGGACAUGUUACCCAAAUAAAAGAUGUUUUUAUACAUCU